UUCGCAAACAGCUGUUUGUCUGAGAUUAGAAGUAUCAUUUCAUGCACUAAAUAAUGUCGGUUCGAACUAAAACUGAAGCAGCUUGCGGCGAACCAACUUAUCUUUUUAUACUAUUUUUGUGUGAAGAUUUUGAAGGCCAAAGAAAAAUGUUCUAAAUCAGUUAGGUUCUGGAUUGAAUAGUAAACAAAUCGCUGAAACAGCCGCUGGCUUGUCAGCCGUCAUUCUGACAGUUACCCACACUGCUAUGGUAAAUCACCAACACAGAGGCAAAAAUUGAAAGAAAUUAACUUGCAGUUGUGGAAUGGCGAACAGUAUAAAUUUGAACUUCGACGAUGCAGGAUUUCUCUGAAAAAUCGAUUUUCCCUUUAAAUUGUGGAGUGGUAUUGCCAGUGAUUGGUUAUUCUAGAGUGAAUACUAUUGUGAAUUUGCCCUUUCUUAUCAUCAAGUUUCCAUGUGCAGUGUCUGUGGGGUGGAAUGGCAGCAGUCUAGUGAUCUAUGGGAGACCGAAAGUAAAGUGGAAAUAACACCGGAAGUGAAGUGAGUUUUAUCUAGAUUGAAAACAAAAUUCUGUCGCCCUUGCUCGGUGCUAGAACUUUGUUCUUGUAAGAUGGAGGAGCUGAUAUGAUUUGAUGGUGUCAUCGAAAAGGACAAGCAGAUACGCAACUAGAGGCAAACGCAAGAAAAGGUUACUGACUGCACUUGAACUUGUUUUGAUUGAGCCAGAGAAGUAAUUCCCCUUCAUCAACAAUGACUUCACGAUUGGACCGUCUGUUCAUCCUGCUGGAGUCUGGAUCAGCGGCUGUGACGCGCAAGGCUGCAGCGAAGCAGAUCGGCGAAGUGCAGAAGCUGCAUCCACAUGAGUUGCACAAUCUACUGAACCGAUUACAAACCUACCUGCACAGCAACAACUGGGAAACACGGAUUGCUGCUUCACAGGCCGUACAGGCCAUUCUAGAGAACGUCCCACAGUGGGAUCCGAUUGGCGGCGCGGAUGGUAUCAAACAGGAGACAGACUUGGAGCUUCGUGAUACAAAUACUCAAAAUUUACGGCUGUCGUUCGAUAAGUUCGAUUUGAAUGCUGUGCUGCACAGGGGGGCACGACUAAUGGGCUCCGAGGGUACGGAGUUCGACGCCAUCGAAGAUAACGAAGCGGGAGAUCCGCGGGAAAAAUGGGCUCGCCAGAGAGCUUUGUUGAAUGAGAAAUUAGGAUUGAGCAGCGGAGUCAACUUGGAUGAUAUUGUAUCGAUCGAAGACAUGCAAAACCGCAGUGGUCAAACUCAGGGUCAUGUUGAUGGGGAGAAACUUAUGCCAGUGCAGGAGAUAUUGAAACUGGAACCUCAGGAUGGGUCUAGUCAAGUUCUAAGUUGUCGGGAGAAAAAUCGUGCUCGGAGAAAAGCUCGGGAGCAGCAAAAGGUAUUUCCGAACCCAAUUAGUACAGUCACUUCUGCCGCAGGCAGUAAUGGAUCUAGUGGAGACGGAGAACCUGAUCGGAAACGUUUCAAGAUUGAUGCCAAAGGUGAAGCUGUAACAUCUGGAGAACCCGUUCCAGAUUUGACCGGAGCCUGGGUAGAUGCUACUGAGUGGCCCCUGGAAAUGUUCUGUUCUAGAUUGUAUAUGGAUUUAUUCAGCCCUCGGUGGGAAACUCGCCACGGCUCAGCUACAGCAUUACGCGAACUACUCAAAAGCCAUUCGGCAGGAGCUGGUAAAAGUGUCUACAUGACGAAACAACAGAUGGAACAGCAGCAUCAGCUUUGGCUGGAGGAUGCUACAUUGAGAUUACUCUGCGUACUAGCGCUAGAUCGCUUCGGAGAUUUUGUGUCAGACCAAGUGGUCGCCCCUGUUCGCGAGACUUGCGCUCAAGUUCUUGGAACUGUGUUGAAACAGCUGCCAUUGGUUAAGGUUCAUAAGACAGUGCAUAUCCUAUUGACCUUUAUCAAACAAAAGGACUGGGAAGUCCGCCAUGGAGGGCUACUAGGUAUCAAGUAUAUGCUGGUUGUUCGUGAAGAUUUGGUUCAAACGUUCCUGCCUUUAAUUAUCAAUGACGUAUUGACUGGGCUAUUCGAUUCCGUCGACGAUGUUGGAGCAGUAGCUGCAGCUACGCUUAUACCAAUAGCGUCUUGGUUGCCGAGGUUGCUCACUAAGGCACAGGUCUCUCACAUUGUUAAGCUAUUGUGGGAUUUGCUCUUGGAUCAGGAUGAGCUAGCAUCAGCUUGUAACAGUUUCAUGGGAUUACUCGCUUCAAUUCUCAGUCUUCCGAAUGCCUCUGGCUGGAUUCAAAUGGAACCAAUGUCCAUAUUAGUUCCUCGGCUAUGGCCAUUUCUUAGUCAUUGUACCUCAUCGGUUCGGAGAUCCACCCUUCAAACGUUGAAAACGUUGACAAACAGCAACAGUUCAAUUAAAAGCGAAACUUGCGUCGUUACCGGAAGCAAUGGAGUAAACGGUAACGCAACAUCUGUUAUAGUCAGUACGGCCGAAGCACUGGCUAAAGCAGCUACCGAACAUAACGCUAUAUUACAAGCAGAUCCAUCUGAAAACUUGGUUUUAAAUUUUGGUGUUCAGGAAUGGCCACCAGCCUUACUGCAGGAAGCAUUACGGCACAUUUUCCAACGUGUGCUGGUGGAGCAUGUGGAAGAUAUACAAUCGCUGGCAGAAACCGUCUGGAACAAUUUGAUAGUAAAUGCAGAACUCUCCGCGCUUCUUCAUGCGACAUGUCCCUUCGUAUCAAGUUGGCUUUGUCUGGCUAUGCAACCAGUUAGAUUGGCAUUCGAUCCAGCUUCGAUGAUUUACGCAAAACCCAACCAGCCGACGCAGAGUCGAGAGCGUCGUCGUCAGUUUGAUUCUUUCGAAUCUGCGAGCACCAUACCUGCACGCCAAAAGCUCUAUCUUGGAGGGUCCGAAACUAUACCAGCGGAAGUGCGUGAACGAAACGUAAUACGUGCUCGCAUUAAGGCAUCGAAAAUGAUCGGUCUACUAUCACGUUAUUUGGUCCUGCCAGCACCUGGUGUUGUGUAUAGUCCCGAAAUUGAGAGUCCCGUUGAUUGCUAUACAAAAAUACUGUUAGGUUAUUUGCAAUCCCGUUCGGCGCUACAGCGACUGAUUGCUAGCUUGGUUAUCGCGUUCUGGUGUUCAUAUGACGCUACCAUUCGACCCGGACCGCUGAUUUUACAGGAUCGACUGAAAGCGUGUCUAAACGAGUACGUAUAUUAUGACGAAGUGGCAAUGCUUUUUACUAGACUUUUACAGGAAAGUCGGGACUAUCUAGCCACACUGAAACAGCACAAGAUUAGCUUUGUAGAGUUCGAUAACCUAAAGGUGCUGAGCUUGGACCACAUACAUCAGCUGUGUACUGUAAUGUCGGAGGGUCUGAAGACUAAGUACGGACUGAAGACCAAAGUUGCAGAGAUGUUGGAUGAAAGGCGCCGUGGGUUGUUCAAUUCCCACGCCAGCACAUCGUUAGAACAAAAUACUUUACACAUUAGUACCCAAUCUUCGCUUGCGGGAGCAGCCAUUAGUCUACACUGUUUACCGGAAAAAUUGAAUCCAGUUGUGAAACCGCUGAUGGAAUCUAUCAAGCGAGAGGAGUGUGAACUAUUGCAAAAACUAUCUGCCAGGUAUUUGGCAGAACUACUUUGUCAAGUUACAGUGCGCAAUCCCUGUCCAAACAACAAGAUUGUUUCUAACUUAUGCACUUUGCUUAAAAGCGAUUUGGAUUUCACUCCUAAAUUAGUUAUACCGGAGCGUGAAAUGCGAUUCUAUGAUCCAGCAAAUAAUGGCGACUCCAAUCCUUAUCACGGCAUUAUUACUCUAAUGAGUCAACAGAAGGCCAAAGAAGCAGGAUCUAACGGCAGUGCUUCUGGUUCCCGAGGCCCUGGAAGGCCAGCUUCUGUCACUUCGGAGGUUUUGACCAUGGAAGAAGUGCUCACCGAGAGCGAAGAAACUAGUCGUAAACACGCGAGAACCCAACGACUUGGUGCUACGCACGCCAUCACCACUAUUUGUUCAUAUUUCAAAGAUACUCUGCCCCAGAAACUCCCGGUGGUGUGGCAACUGAUGAUGGAUAAAAUUAUUUCCAAAGUAACCGAAGAAUACAUCGACAAAAUUAGCCGCACAAUUGUGCCACAGGACGAAACCAACGACUUUGUAACAUCCUUACAGCUGAACGAAGUUGCUGCUCGCCAUAUUGAUCCUGCUUUACACGAUCAGUUGUUUCAACUAUUACCAAAACUUUGUCUCCUAUUGAGACAUCCACUGAAGGCCGUUCGCCACAUGGUUGGACGUUGUUUAGCAACGUUGGCUCUAGUCGAUUCACAGGCUGUAAUGACUUUAGUCAUCAGUGACAUUGUGCCGAUGCUGUCGUCGAUCGAAAACGUAAUAAAACGGCAAGGUGCCGCUGAGGCGAUUGCCUGCAUCGUAAGUCUACUACAACUGGAAAUUGUUCCUUAUGUGGUGCUGCUGGUAGUACCUUUGCUAGGUCGAAUGAGUGAUCCCGAUCAAUCGGUACGUCUGGUUUCAACGCACUGCUUUGCAACCCUAAUUCAGCUGAUGCCACUUGAUGGCAUUACACCGGACGUGCGUGGUUUACCGGAAGACCUUAAAAGCCGCAAACUCAAGGAUAAGGAAUUUCUAGAAUAUCUAUUUGCACCUAAAACCAUCCCAGAUUUUAAAAUCCCCGUUAAAAUAAAUGCGGAUCUUCGCAGCUACCAGCAGUCGGGAGUUAACUGGUUGUGGUUCUUGAAUAAGUACAAACUACAUGGCAUUCUUUGCGAUGACAUGGGGUUGGGUAAAACCCUGCAGGCCAUCUGUAUACUAGCUGGUGAUCACUAUCAACGAAGUAUCGAUCCCAAAUGCGCCAAACUACCAAGUUUGGUCAUAUGCCCACCCACUCUCACGGGACAUUGGGUUUAUGAGGUGGAAAAGUUUCUUCCCACCCGCUUUCUCCAGCCGCUGCACUACGUUGGGCUACCAGCAGACCGUGAAAGACUCCGUCAUAAGCUGGGCGUCUAUAAUCUGAUAGUAGCCUCCUACGAAAUCGUCCGCAAGGAUAUUGAAUUCUUCAGCUCAGUGCACUGGAAUUACUGUGUGCUAGAUGAGGGACACAUCAUCAAGAACGGACGGACAAAAAGUUCCAAAGCCAUAAAACAGUUGGUUGCAAACCAUCGGUUGAUUCUUUCUGGAACUCCCAUACAGAAUAACGUGUUGGAGCUGUGGUCACUAUUCGAUUUCCUGAUGCCAGGGUUCCUGGGCACGGAGAAGCAGUUUAGCACUCGCUUUUCUCGCCCGAUUCUUGCUAGUCGUGAUCCAAAGAGUUCUCCGAAGGAACAGGAGGCCGGCGCACUGGCCAUGGAAGCACUCCACCGGCAGGUGUUACCAUUUCUUUUGCGCCGUGUUAAGGAGGAAGUUUUAAGAGAUUUACCACCGAAGAUCACUCAAGAUUUGCUGUGCGAACUCAGCCCACUGCAGGAGCGGCUGUACGAAGACUUUAGUCGGACGCAUCUAAACUCGGACAUUCGCGAGUGCCUGGAGAACAUUGACGGGGAAAUGGUGAGCAAGAAGACGCACGUGUUCCAGGCUUUGAGAUAUUUGCAGAACGUGUGCAAUCAUCCGAAACUCGUUCUACAACCAUCUCACCCGGAGUACCAAACUAUUGUUGCGGAAUUUACGCGAAAUGAAAACUCUCUCGAUGACAUCGAACAUUCGGCAAAGCUACCGGCACUAAAGCAACUUUUGCUAGACUGUGGGAUUGGUACCAAUGAGGAUAUGUUGGUUAACCAGCAUCGAGCAUUGAUUUUCUGUCAGCUGAAGGCCAUGCUGGAUAUCAUCGAAAAUGAUCUACUAAAGAAGCAUUUGCCAGCGGUUUCUUACCUCAGGCUGGAUGGCGGUGUUCCACCUAGUUCCCGGCAUCAAAUUGUGACUAAAUUCAACGGGGAUCCUAGUAUCGAUGUGCUGCUGUUGACCACUCAGGUUGGUGGCCUUGGAUUGAAUCUUACCGGAGCGGAUACGGUAAUUUUCGUCGAGCACGAUUGGAACCCAAUGAAAGACCUGCAGGCUAUGGAUCGAGCCCACCGAAUAGGACAGAAAAAGGUGGUGAAUGUUUACCGUUUGAUAACACGUAAAUCUUUGGAAGAAAAGAUUAUGGGACUGCAAAAAUUCAAGCUACUGACAGCGAACACAGUGGUUAGUGAUGAGAAUGCCUCGAUGGAAACAAUGGGCACCGAGCAGUUGCUUGAUUUGUUUGCUUUGAACGAUGAUAAAAAGCUGCAGAAAAGUUCCGAUAAAAGUGUUGCAAGUGGUGCCACAACAGCAGCUAGCACUGCGGGAGAACCGAACGGAGCCAAUGGGGCUCCCAGCUCUACGAUGAGAAAUGUACUGGAAAAUUUGCCGGAGCUUUGGGAUGAUACCCAGUAUCAUGAGGAGUAUGAUUUAACCCAAUUUUUAGAGGGACUGAAGAAAAACUAGUCCAAGUGCGUGCGCUUGUGUGCUUCAGCAGCUAAGCAAAAUGGAAUAGGAGCGUUGAAGCUCCGCGUUCUAAACUCGUAUAUAAGUAGAAUUGGACCAUCAGUAGGUAAGCUUCCAUUAUACAUAUGCUCCUAAGUUUUCGAUCCGGUUUCCUGUGGAAUCAUGUGAUUGCACAGUUUCUUUCAUCUUAAGUGUACUACUGUAGCCUAACUGGUUUUAGGGAAUAUAGCAUAUUCCUGAAAAGCAUUUUCCCGAAAAUUACCAUCUUUCCUAUGACGGAGUUUAAAUAUUUGUUCAGUAGAACAUUUGAAUGCAUUUUUUGAUUUGUUCCAAAUGAGAUAAUAACCUAAUCUCGAAGUUUCAGUCCUACCAUUACGAUGUGAUCGUUUUUUGAUACCUCCUGAUUCGCUGGGAACGUGUGACAUGAAUUCGGGGAAACACUUUUCAGAAUAAUGUUAUACAACCAGUUCAAUUAUAUGCUUUAUUCUUUAAUUUAGGUUAAAAAUCACUUCUGUGUACUGAACUGAACUAUCUACAAUAUACUUUUUGAUGAAAA